AGUUGAUAUUGUUCCUUGUGCUAGCAAGCGAACUAGCUACACGCGACCGCCUCGCUUUCUAGCAUUUUCUAGCAGUAUUCUUCAAAUUUAUAUUUGGUCUGAGUAGUAAUACUUCGUCCUGCGAGACAUAUUACCCAGUCGCUCUUGUACAACACGAAACUGAAGCGAUGACGGGCUGUAACGAAUACAAGUUAAACCAGGGGCCAGAAGACAGCAUCUCUGCUGUGAAGUUCAGCCCCAGCACUGCCCAGUUCCUCUUGGUUUCCUCAUGGGACUGCACUGUACGCCUCUACGAUGUGGGAGGAAACACAAUGAGGAUGAAGUACCAACACACAGCUCCUGUUCUUGAUUGUGCUUUUUAUGACCCAACACAUUCUUGGAGUGGAGGUUUAGAUUCCCAGUUAAAGACUCAUGAUUUGAACACAGACCAAGAUGCAAUAGUUGGAACACAUGAUGCCCCCAUUCGUUGUGUGGAGUAUUGCCCAGAGGUUAAUGUCAUGGUAACGGGCAGCUGGGAUAGAUCAGUACGACUGUGGGACCCGCGGACGCCCUGCAAUGCUGGCACCUUCACUCAGCCUGACAAGGUUUACACCCUCUCUGUGGCCGGAGACAGGCUGAUCGUUGGCACAGCAGGAAGACGGGUGUUGGUGUGGGAUUUGCGGAAUAUGGGUUAUGUACAGCAGAGAAGAGAAUCCAGCCUCAAGUAUCAGACUCGUUGCAUCAGAGCCUUCCCCAACAAACAGGGUUAUGUGUUGAGUUCAAUCGAAGGCCGAGUAGCUGUGGAGUACCUGGAUCCGAGCCAGGAGGUUCAGAAGAAGAAAUAUGCCUUUAAGUGCCAUCGGCUAAAGGAGGAAGGAAUUGAACACGUCUACCCUGUCAAUGCCAUUUCUUUUCACAGUGUUCACAAUACCUUUGCUACAGGUGGCUCAGACGGCUUUGUGAAUAUCUGGGAUCCAUUCAACAAAAAGCGCCUGUGUCAGUUCCACCGCUACCCAACUAGCAUUGCUUCCCUGGCUUUCAGCAACGAUGGCACUAUGCUCGCCAUUGCCUCGUCCUACAUGCACGAGAAAGGAGACAUCAGCCACCCAGAGGACGCCAUCUUUAUCCGUCAGGUCACAGAUGCUGAGACGAAGCCCAAGUCAACCUAAAACUGAAGCAUACUGGACUCCUUCACCAUCCUGCAUUUCUGUUUGCAUCCUGUGCUUUAUCUGCCUUGCCAACUCAACUACUUGUGAUGUCUGUUUGCUAUAACCUACAUGGUAAAUAUUUCUUUGUUUCUUGUGUUGUCUUGUAUUUUCUUCAGUGAAGCUGAUUUAAACUUAAAUACACUG